AUGGCAGAUGAUGGGGAAGACUUGACCCCAUUUUGGCUGCAAAACACCACCGAUCUCCGCCGUACCGAUCGCCUCCGCCACCACCUGUCGUCUCUUUUCUUUAACUCCGCUCUCUUGCUCGUCUUUCUGUUGGUUACAGCAAUUUUCUUCUUAGUUUUCAUAGUUCCCUCAAGUCUCUCUUUCACAAAUAGUAGUAUAUUUAGACCAAGCAGUGUAAAGAAAAGCUGGGAUUCGUUCAAUGUAGUGUUGGUUCUAGUUGCUGUGAUCUUUGGUUUUCUCAGCAAAAACAAGAAUGAAGACAGAAAUCCCAAUGACUAUCAUCAAGUUACUUCUCCAAUUAUUAGAAAUGAAGUUAAGAAAUCAAACCCAUCAACCCCAAAUAGUCGAUGGUUUAAUGAAAUACGAAAUCCAAAUCCAACUACUCCUCGCACAUGGUACGAUAAUGUGGAUCGAAAUUCCUAUAGCAACAAUCAGAGCAAUAAUAAUGGUGGGGCUGGAUUGAGGAGGAGUUUUAGUUCAUAUCCUGAUUUAUGUGAAGUGUCGCCGCGGUGGAUCUCCGGCGAAGAUCAUUGGCGGUUCUACGACGAUACUCAUGUUGAUACUUAUCGGUUUUCGGAUCCCGGUCAGCUUCAUCGCCGCCGUAGCUGGAGAGAAGUCGAUCGUUCUCCGGAACCUGAUAUUAAAACUAUUUAUGAAGAUCCUUUAGAAUCCAAAAAGGAAGCUAUAUUUACUCCACCAUCUUCAACUCCUCCUCUGCUCUCGCCGCCGUCUCCGCCAGCUCCGGCACCAGUAGUAUAUGAGGAGAAGGUGAAGAGAGCAACUCAUAGUGUUCCGCGUAAAAAGGAGAGAACAAGGAAGAAGAGGGAAAAUCAUGAGGUAGAAGCAAAUGAAGUUGUUAGGGCACCGGUGACACCUCCUCCUCCUCCACCUCCACCACCGCCACCGCCACCAUUGCCGCAAUACGUGGAGCCGAGGAGCAGUAAAAGCGAUAGGAAAAGAGGUGGUGCAAGUGCUACAAAAGAGUUUAUCAAUUCUUUGUAUCAUAAGAAGAAGAGGAAAAACAGGUCAAAGAGUGUCGAUAAUUUUGAUGCUCUCCUCCAUAAAUCAGAACCUCCUCCUCUCCAUUAUCAUGAAUGGCCGGAAACAUUCAUCACUCCACCUCCGCCACCACCUCCUUCGUUGUUUCAGAACCUGUUCACAUCCAAAAAAGCUAGGAGAAAGAGAAAUGCGCCUCCACCACCACCUCCUCCUCCGCCUGUCAGGGCGGCGCCGGUUAGGAUAUCAAGACCAAAUGCCCAAAAUGACCAAAAUGCCCCGAUCACCAGAACUCCAGCACCAAAGCCAGUGAAAAUAAGAAGUUUCGACAGCGUCGAGGAGAACUCGAACAGCGGUGGGAAUUCCCCAUUAAUACCAAUUCCGCCACCGCCUCCACCGCCACCGUUCUACAAGAAGAACGCAUGGAAGUUUGUGGUGCAAGGUGACUACGUGAGAAUAGACAGCACCGUCAGCUCACGUUCUGGUUCGCCUGAACCUGAAGAUAUAGAUUCAGCUGAGAGCACCCCGACGGCGGAAUAUGUCGGCGGUGAUCGGACGGCCUUUGCGCCGUCGCCAUUAUUCUGUCCAAGUCCAGACGUCAACACAAAAGCUGAAAACUUCAUAUCAAAGUUCAGAGCUGGAUUGAAGCUAGAGAAGAUCAACUCCUUCAAUAAAAAUGAAGGCCGAGGUUUAUCUAAUUUGGGCCCAGGAGUAGGCCCAAGUUAG